AUGCUAAUGUCAGCGCUACGUCAGCACCUCCCCGUAGAAUCCGGGAAGUUCCGCAUCGCGCGGGAUUCGCGCGUGGGAUUGGUGAUCGUGGAUGAAGUCAACGGCUUUUGCACUCCCGGCGCGGGGAAUCUGGCCCCUCCUGUCAGAGACGAGCAGAUAGAGACCAUGGUGUCGCGAACAUCCUCGCUAGCUAAUGACAUGCUGACACGUGGCAUGCCUGUACUGGCCUUCCUGGACACCCACGAGGCAGACAAGCCAGAGCCACCGUAUCCCCCGCACUGCGUGCGAGGCACGGGGGAGGAGAAGUUGGUAGAGGCUCUGGCGUGGCUUGAGAAGGAAGCGAGCAGGGAAGGAGAAGCCGUUGCAGCAGCAUCUGAUGCUCAUGCCCGUGUGACCAGAGGCAGUGUGACUCUAAUGGAGAAGGACUGUAUUAACGGGUUUGUGGGCGGCAUGCAACCGGAUGGGACAAACAUUGUGAUGCAAUGGGCGAUCAAGCACCAACUAGAACAUAUUAUCGUGGUUGGCAUCUGCACAGACAUUUGCGUCAUGGAUUUCGUGCUGACCGCACUGUCUGCCCGAAACCACGGGUUGUUUGGGCAGCAGCUAAAGGAAAUUGUGGUAGUUGCUCCUGCCUGCUCCACAUACAACCUGCCCCGGCCCGUUGCUGAGAGCCUUGGGAGGGGCGCCACUGCAUCGCAUCCUCAGGAUGCCACCCAUCACUUGGCCCUUGCUCAAAUUCCUCCGCUGACCUGGCCUGGCUGGCUGACGCGGCUCUAUUCUCCUGGUGCUGACGUGGCAGCGGCUGCAGGAGCGGACGAUGAGCCAAUCAUAGUGCCGGAGAUGAUUGAGGGCGCGGAGGUGGUGCCCAAGGGGCCGGACGCGGAAGACGCGGCGCUGCUGGACCGACUAACAGAGAUGGGAACCACUCUUAGCGAGCAGAUGGAGAAAGGCACAGGGAGCGGAGGCGGAUCUAGUGGACGAGGUAGAGAGGAGAUGGAAGCAGUAUGGAGAUGGAAGCAGUAUGGAGAUGGAAGCAGUAUGGAGAUGGAAGCAGUAUGGAGAUGGAAGCAGUAUGGAGAUGGAAGCAGUAUGGAGAUGGAUCCAACCUUUCUCCCGUCCCCUCGUCCCAAUCAUCCCAGGGUGGCCAUAGCAGAGGGAGCGGAGGCGGAUCUACUGGACGAGGUGGAGAGGGGCGUGGGGCUGGUGGAGGCCAUGGCUGCCCAGCCCAACGCCACCCUGUCAGAGCGGUGA